AUGUUUUUUACAAGACCGGCGUUCCGAAAUCUGAAUCGCCCGAUUUGGGACAGACGAGUAUGGGAAGUUGGUUAUCGCGGCCCGACGUUGCCCUUCCAAAAAGCCACUGGUCGACCGGAUUACCCCGUCACGCAGGCCCGGGUCAACUUGUUGCGUGAGCGUUUCACUCGAGAAUGGGAUACGAUGAAGCUUUUAUCAGUACCUUAUUGCUCCAGGAGAGCCGAGCAAGAUUAUAUGGAAGCGCACGGGUUCAGCUCGUUGAAUGAUUUGAGAAGAUACGAAUCAGAGCAGCUAGACGCCGAACGGAUGCCUGGAAAGCCAAAACGGACGGAGGGCUCGAAGCACCAGGUGCGGAAAAGGGCCAACGUCGGCAAUUUGCUCCACGAACAUCAGACUGUCGAACAGGCCCUGUUGCCGUUAGCCAGACGUUCGCGGUGGUUU